GACUGGUAAAAUGAUGAAGUGCACCGGCUUUCUAAGCCUCCUGGUGGUUCUGUUGGCCUGGAAUGGCAGAGUUCUGGCAAUAGAAACUGCCUUUGAUAUCUGGAACAAAUUUGGAGACGGUGGAGCUCUGCCCAAUGAUCCGGAACGGCUAAACGAAAAAGGUAUUUUGGUUCUCAAUCCCACUAACGAACUGCAGGACAAAAAUGAAGGUACGAUAACGCAAUUGAGGAAUCUUCUUGACAAUUAUGUGGGGAAAUUAUUAUCCGAUUUGCCCAAUACUCGGAAAAAGAAAAGGAGGCAAGCACUGCAGGAAUCACUGCACACUUUAACUGGUCUGAGUUUGAGCAUAUCCCCAUUGCAAAAUACCCUGUCGAACAUCAAGAACCAGGAGGAGCAACUUGUCCCAAAACUCAAUGUUCAGGAGGAAUGGAAGUUCUGGGCUGCCGCCAAGGUUUCGAGAGUUCAGGAGUCCACUAGAGGGCUUAGGACCGCGGAGGCUGUCUCCAUCACUGAAAACCUCAACAAUCGUUACGGCCUUCGAUUGCGCAGUUGUGUUGGUCUGUUUAUCUGGAACCAGAUUCGGUUUAACUUGGACUUGGAAAGCACCCUAAACGGCCUCCAAAUUUCAACUGGGCAGCUGAUCGAUGCCUCUGAAGGCUGUUCCAGCGUCAAGCCAAAAACGUGCCGCCGGGACGUGAGAAGAGCUAUCGAUGGCAUCCAGAAUGCUCCACAGAAUCUGCUGAACCUGCGGAAUGAGGGCAAUCAGUUGGAGGACAUCCAAAGGCAAAGCAAUCAGUGUGUGGAGAAAACUCUCAGGGAAUAUGCCGAGGAGCGGGUCGAGGUGGAGAGACAGCUGGAGGAUAUAAUCGCGGACUAUCGCGAAAGUGAAACACCCAGAAAAUAGGCGAACAUAUAACAGGGACAGCACAUAAACAGGACCUCUAUUGCACCCAAUUUUAAACAGAAAAAUAAAUAUUACAUCAAUAAUACAUCUUUUAUGAAAAAGAA